AUGGAAAAAGAGGGAGAAUCCUAUCAACAGUACAGCGCUUUGGGAAGAACGCAAGUGGAGGGAACGACGGAGAAAUCAACAGAAGAUGUCAUUUCGAUGGCUGAUUCCGAAAUUACAGUUGAGGACAUUGAAGGAGAGCUGUUCAGACUUGAGCGGAUACGAGACAUCCUCAUACGGAGAGAGUCAGAGCUCAGAUACAUGAUGGAUGACAUCCAGCUCUGCAAAGAAAUCACAAGGCUGAAGAAGGAGCUGCAAAAACAUGUCUCAAUCCCAGACAGAGACAAGUCCAAGGAGGACAUAGAGAGGGAGGAGGAGCUGCUGCUGCAGAUCAACAAGCUGGUGGAGACCAGAGACUUCCUCGUGGACGAUGUGGAGUUUGAAAGGCUGAGGGAGAGAGAGGAAGACAGAGAAAUGGCAGCAUUUUUACAGUCCAAAUUACCAAAGGCAUUGGCUGCAAAAGGUGCUUUGCAAGAUCAAACGGUGGCGUCCAAAUCGCAGCAGACCUCCGCAACGCCAUUUAUCACUAAAACUGGACUUACACUGCUGAAAGACUGCUGCGGCUUUACCUGCUCCAUCAUGUAA